AAAAAUAAGCCCCAAAGUAUUGGGUGCACCAAAUUUUCGUACUACCUACUUCUUCUACGCAAUUCGUACCCGGGUUUUGCCCUAAAAUGAACAAACGCAGAGGAUGAAAGCAAAUCAGCUGGUUCGGGUCAUAACCCGAACCCGGAUCCGAAUCCGAACACGGACCACCUCACCAUUCAUCCGUUGUCUAUGCUCUUCUGCACCUUCUCCGCCGCCGGGCGCAGACGCGGCGCUGAAGAAUGUGACGAAGCCGAACUUCGAGCCGGCUCUGGCCGAGCUGCGCCGACACGUCAGAGAAGCCGACUUCGUUUCGAUCGAUUUGGAGAUGACGGGAGUCACCAGCGCUCCGUGGAGAGAGUCGUUCGAUUUCGACCGACCCGACAUCCAGUACUUGAAGAUCAAGGAUUCCGCCGAGAAAUUCGCCGUCGUUCAGUUCGGCGUUUGCCCCUUCCGAUGGGACCCACUCAGCCACUCAUUUCUCGCCCAUCCGCACAAUUUUUACAUAUUUCCUCGGCAGGAAAUUCCAGGCGACGGCUUAUCGAAUGAAUUCCUAUGCCAGACGAGCUCAUUGGAAUUUUUGGCCAAGUACCAAUUCGAUUUCAAUAAAUGCAUUUACGAAGGAAUAUCUUAUUUGUCCAGAAGCCAAGAGGAAGAAGCACUGAGACAGUUAGAUUCGUUAUACAAUGACAAUUCCGGAUAUUCAUCGUCUAACUCAAGAAAUGACGCGGACGCACAGUUGGUUAGGAUGGCAGAUAUUCUAUUCACCGAGAGAAUGAAAUACACAGUCAGCGAAUGGCGCGCUGGAUUAUUACACGAGGGAAAUACGGGAUCCGGAUUUCGAGGAAGUUUGAAUACCAUGAAUCAAACUUUUCAGACUACUUUCUUCCAAAUGCGCCCUGCUCUUGUACUGAACGGGUUAAGUUCCCGUCAGCUGAGGUUAAUUAAGUUGGUUACUGAAAAGGAUUUCAAAGAUCUUGCCUAUGUACACGUGACCGGUGAAAAUUCUGUUGCACAAAAAUUGAUCGUCUAUACAGACUCUACAUCGGACAGGGAUUUGCUUAUGAGCGAGGUAAAAGCUUGUCAAAAGAAAGAUUCAUUAGUGAAGAUUAAAUCUGCUAUCGGGUUUCGACAUGUUAUUGAUCUGCUUUCCUCGGAGAAAAAAUUAAUUGUCGGUCACAAUUGUUUUCUAGAUCUUGCACACGUGUACAGCAAAUUUUUCGGUCCACUUCCCUUGACCGCUGAAGAAUUUGUCUCAGCUGUUCGAAAAUAUUUCCCGAACAUUAUCGAUACGAAAGUACUGAUAAAUUCAAAUGAUGAGUUGUUUCUUCUUAUGAGGAAAGGCAGUACGUCGCUUUCGAAAGCAUUUGGCGUACUCUGUCCACCUAUUGGUCCAGGUGGCACAAGCAGUGAUGUGGCGGGUAAGCCACGUGUUAAAGUGGAAGUUCAAGUGGAUGAUCAGAGGUUCUCAAAUUGGAACUCAGGAGCCAAACACGAAGCUGGAUACGAUGCUUUCAUGACAGGCUCCGUCUUUUCUCAAUCCUGUCGUAACCUAGGAAUCGAUUUCAACUCGGUCUUAAAUUUGCCACAAAAUGAAAAACUCCAAAAGUACAUCAAUCAUUUAUACCUAAGCUGGAAUAACAAAGAUAUUAUCGACCUCAAAACAGGAAAGAUUCUCGUGGAAUCUUUAGGUUCGAAUAAUAACACCAGCACCAAACGAAGGAAUCCCAAAUUCGUCUUUUCGAAUACGGUUCUUUUGUGGGGCCCACCUUCGAAGCUGAGGGCGAAAGAUAUUAGAGAUUGUGUAUGUAAAGUUUUUGGUGUGGGCUCGAUUGUUUCGAUAUGCCACCUGGACGAAACUGCAGCCUUUGUCCAGUUCAGCAAAGAGGAACUGGUUUCCGAUUUUCUUGAAUUGAAGGAUAGUUUGGAGAGAGAGAAGAAUAGCCCUGUAUCGAUUUUGCAUCCUUUGUCGAAGAUUUUGGAAGGUGGGUUUGUUCGCGCUGCUAAUUACGAGAUGUAUAAAGAUAUUUGUGGUUCGAGUUUAUCGCAAGUGUUAUUUGCAGAGCAAGCCGAGGUGGUCGCGAGUAAUCCGAAAGCUGGAGUGGUCAAAUUAGCUGUUGAGGUUGAUAGUUAUUAUCCAAAUGAACUUCUUUCAGAUUCUUGUAUGAAAUAAUUUCUCUCAUUUUUUUUUAAUUUAUUAAUUUCUUUGGCUUUUUUUAAU